CAGCCAUGACGAUCUCUGACAUAUGUUAUAUACCAUCGGGCUGAAGUGAUUUGUGAAGCAAAUUUACAAUUUGGAGUAAUUAACGACAUGUACUGAUUGAUACCUAUCAUAAGGGCUAGCUUACUGCAUCUACGUUUAGAGUUGCGUUUUAAACGCGGCACACACAAAAUGCAUCGUCCAUGUUAGUACCUAGCAGCACUUAAAACUCGACGCGUAUUCUGCGCCGCCAACUCGGAACUUUGGCACACUAUAUCACCGCUAUCAAAUUUUCUAUGUUUUCAACCGUAUUCCGUUAAGCUUUAUUCUUGAAACUUUAAUAAUGUCGCAUCGGCGAUUGCAAUGGUGAGUUAUAUUUAUAUCAUGCUGCUGGUCUGUACUGCUAAGUGCUUAUUGGUUACCAAUGCAUCUAUUAAAAAGAGGGAUAUUGUAGUACUCCUGCUUUGCCAUGCUGUUGGCUCUGCUAAGAGCUGUCACUCGAGUUCCAACAAUAUUUCUAUGCAAUUCGUCUCACUGGAUGGCAUUUCGGUGCUCAAUUGAAUUUUUUGCACGCAUAUAUCUUAAGAAAUAUAAGGACUAAGAACCCACAGACAUAAUUGCUUUUCCGACUUCCCCCGCUGCACUGGAAUAGAAAUUACACAAUAAUGGAGAUACCAUUGUCAAGUCUCUUAGACUUCAUGACACGGGGUACGCACCAAUUUAUGAUGUACGUUCACAUUCUACAAUUGCUACUGUUGUCCUUCAGACAUAGAAAUAAGCUCCGAAUUAUAAAGAAAAGUGCUCUGAUGAUGUAUUAUGAUUGAUACUGGGAAGACGCGACUUCAGAAGAGAAAUGUCAGUUUUGACGAUUGGUCUGCUAGCCUCACAUACGCACGACAUA